CUCGAGGGCCGGCGGCGGGAAAACUCGCGAGCGGAUUCCUCCGGCCGCCAGACCCGCGCCUCCCGCUCGAGUGGAGGCGUCGGAGGGAGGCGAGGCGGUCCUCUGCCGGGCCCCCUCCUCUUGCAAGCUCCGAGCCAGUGGGCGACGGACCGCUGGAGAAACCCUGGAUAAUUCCCCGACUCCGGCAGCAGCGUGCUUUUGGGGGACGACUCUGCACCUUGCAGGUCAGGGCGUUCAGGAAAGGGACCCGGGAGGGAGGGCCUCCCUUUUCCCGGAGCCCUGAGACCCAGGGGCAGUUGAUGGGAGCUUGCCUGCUUGUGUACUCACCGGCCUGGACCCCAGAGCCAGCCCAGUUGAGUGCGUGCAGAGGCUCCCAGGUGAGGGGCGCUGCUCCAGCCCCUGCAGAGACCACCCUGGAGAAGCUGAUGCUGGUGAAGACAGACCGUUCCUGCUGAGCCAGGCCUCUGCAGAGCCUGCUCAGGCGCUGUCCACACCCCAAGGCCUGGGCUCAGGCCGAAGUGGCUCCACAACACCCCCAGCUGACAGCCAGCGACUGGCAGAGCCCCCAAGCACGGGGCACCUCUGUUUACCAGAGAUACCCAGUGUGACAGCCCAGGCGGCAGAGCCGAGGGUUCUGGUCCCGGCUUCUCGCACCCUCAUGUCAGCCCCGGCCCCGCCCGGUGGCCCGAGGAGGACAAGGUCAGGAUGCGUGUGAAGCCUCAGGGCCUGGUGGUGACGUCCAGUGCCGUGUGCAGCUCUCCUGACUACCUCCGAGAGCCCAAGUACUACCCCGGUGGCCCCCCCACCCCCCGGCCCUUGCUUCCCACCCGGCCCCCUGCCAGCCCACCUGAUAAGGCCUUUUCCACUCAUACCUUCUCUGAGAACCCACGCCCGCCCCCACGUCGGGACCCCAGCACCCGGCGUCCACCGGUCCUUGCCAAGGGAGACGACCUGCUUCCCCCUCGGGCAGCCCGGCCUGUCUCUCAGGCCCGCUGUCCCACACCGGCCCCAGACAACAGCUCCCUCCGCCACUGGGACAACGGGCGUGUGAACCUGCAUCCGGUGGUGCGGCUGAUUGACAUCAUGAAGGACCUGACUCGCCUCUCCCAGGACCUGCAGCACAGUGGUGUGCAUCUGGACUGCGGUGGGCUGCGGCUGAGCCGCCCGCCUGCCCCACCACCUGGAGACCUGCAGUACAGCUUCUUCUCCUCGCCCAGCCUGGCCAACAGCAUCCGAAGCCCCGAGGAGCGUGCCACCCCUCAUGCCAAGUCAGAGCGGCCCAGCCACCCCCUCUAUGAACCUGAGCCGGAGCCCAGGGAUAGUCCUCAGCCUGGCCAAGGCCAUGGUCCCGGAGCCACAGCCACGGCCACUGGUCUGCCCCCAGAGCCCGAGCCAGACGGGCCCGAUUACUCUGAGCUGGCAGAUGCUGAUAUCCUCAGUGAGCUGGCUUCCCUUACUUGCCCUGAGGCCCAGCUCCUGGAGGCUCAAGCCCUUGAGCCUCCGUCACCGCAUCCUGAACCACAGCUCCUGGACCCCCAGCCCCGAUUCCUAGACCCGCAGGCCCUAGAGCCUCUAGGGGAAGGUUUGGAGCUACCACCCUUGCAGCCCCUUGCUGACCCUCUGGGGCUGCCGAGCCUGACUCUGCAGGCCCUGGAUACCUUACCUGACUCCUUGGAAUCCCAGCUCCUUGACCCCCAGGCCCUCGACCCCCUGCCCAAGUUGCUGGAUGUCCCCAGUCGACGUCUAGAACCCCAGCCGUCCUUGGGGCACUGCCAACUUGCUGAGCCCUUACGCCUGGACUUGUGCUCAUCCCACGGUCCCCCAGGGCCUGAGGGCCACCCCAAGUAUGCCCUGAGGCGCACUGAUAGGCCAAAGAUCCUGUGUCGCAGGCGGAAAGCCGGAAGGGGGCGGAAGGCAGAUUCGGGACCUGAGGGUCGCCUGCUUCCCCUGCCCAUGCCUGCGGGGCUGGCAGCUGCCCUGGCUGAGCCCCCACCGCUGCCACCACCACCACCACCUCCUCCUGCUCUGUCAGGCCCAGGCUCACUUCCUGAGCUGGAGCCAGAAUCUUCUCAGACGCCAAUGGUCCCCACCCGCAAAGGCAAGUGCAGGGGCGUGCGGCGCAUGGUGGUGAAGAUGGCCAAGAUCCCUGUGUCACUGGGGCGGAGGAACAAGACCACGUACAAAGUCUCCUCCUUGAGUAGCAGUCUGAGUGUGGAGGGCAAGGAGCUGGGCCUGCGGGUGUCGUCAGAGCCCACCCCGCUGCUGAAGAUGAAGAACAAUGGCCGCAACGUGGUGGUGGUCUUCCCGCCAGGCGAGCUGCCUAUUAUUCUCAAGCGGAAGCGUGGCCGACCUCCCAAGAACCUGCUGCUGGGUCCCGGCAAGCCCAAAGAGCCGGCGGUGGUAGCUGCCGAGGCUGCGACCGUGACAGCGGCCACCAUGGCCAUGCCGGAGGUGAAGAAGCGGCGGCGGCGGAAACAGAAGCUGGCCUCUCCGCAACCAUCGUAUGCGGCGGAUGCCAAUGACAGUAAGGCUGAGUACUCUGAUGUCCUUGCCAAGCUGGCCUUUCUGAACCGCCAGAGCCAGUGUGCUGGGAGGUGCUCACCACCCCGCUGCUGGACACCCAGCGAGCCUGAGUCCGUGCACCAGGCCCCAGACACCCAGAGCAUCUCCCAAUUCCUGCACCGCGUGCAGGGCUUCCGGAGGCGCGGAGGCAAAACCGGAGGCUUUGGAGGCAGGGGCGGAGGCCACGCAGCCAAGGCAGCCCGCUGUUCCUUUAGUGACUUCUUUGAGGGCAUUGGCAAGAAAAAGAAGGUGGUGGCGGUGGCGGCCACUGGGGUUGUGGGUCCGGGUCUCACUGAGUUGGGUCACCCACGCAAAAGGGGCCGAGGAGAGAUAGAUGCUGUGACUGGGAAACCCAAGCGUAAGAGGCGGUCCCGAAAGAACGGGACUCUGUUCCCGGAGCAGGUGCCCAGUGGCCCAGGCUUUGGGGAGGCAGGUGCUGAGUGGGCUGGGGACAAGGGUGGUGGCUGGGCCCCUCACCAUGGACACCCAGGGGCCCAGGCAGGCCGAAACUGUGGGUUCCAGGGGGCCGAGGGCAGGGCUUUCGCCUCCACUGGGCUGGAGAGUGGGGCUUCAGGCCGUGGCAGCUACUAUGCGGGGGCACCCCCGGGCCAGACGGAACUCAGCCAGGAGCGCCAAAACCUCUUCACUGGCUACUUUCGCUCCCUGCUUGACUCAGAUGACUCCUCUGACCUUUUGGACUUUGCCCUCUCAGCCUCUCGCCCAGAAUCCAGGAAGGCAUCGGGCACCUAUGCAGGGCCUCCCUCCAAUGCGCUGCCUGCUCAGCGGGGGCUUGCCACCUUCCCGAGCCGGGGAGCCAAGGCUAGCCCAGUGGCAGUGGGCAGCGGUGGAACUGGAACAGACCCCUCCUUCCAGCCUGUCCUGCCUUCCCGUCAGAGCUUUCCCCCAGGACGGGCAACAAGCUACGGGAUAACCCCAGCCACGUCCGACUGCCGGGCCACUGAGACCUUCCCAAAGCUGGCCCCCCCUCCUUCCGCCGUGGCCCGCUCGCCUACAACCCACCCGCCUGCCAACACCUACCCACCUCAGUACGGUGGCUACGGGGCAGGACAGAGUGUGUUUGCCCCAGCGAAGCCCUUUUCAGGCCAGGACUGUGCUAAUAGCAAGGACUGCAGCUUUGCCUAUGGAAGCGGCAACAGCCUUCCCGCCUCUCCCAGCAGCGCCCACAGUGCUGGCUACGCCCCACCACCUACUGGGGGUCCCUGCCUACCGCCCAGCAAGGCUUCCUUCUUCAACAGCUCCGAGGGGGGCCCCUUCUCUGGGUCAGCUCCCACACCCUUGCGCUGUGACAGUCGAGCCAGUACUGUCUCACCCGGUGGCUACAUGGUACCCAAGGGCACCACAGCUUCUGCGGCCUCCUCCUCUUCCUCCUCUUUUCAGCCCUCACCUGAGAACUGUCGGCAGUUUGUGGGGGCUUCUCAGUGGCCUUUCCGGCAGGGGUAUGGAGGCCUGGACUGGGCCUCAGAGGCCUUCAGUCAGCUCUACAAUCCCAACUUUGACUGCCACGUGAGCGAGCCCAACGUGAUCUUGGACAUCUCGAACUACACGCCGCAGAAAGUGAAGCAGCAGACCGCCGUGGCCGAGACCUUCUCCGAGUCGUCCUCCGACAGUACCCAGUUCAGUCAGCCUGUCGGUGGUGGUGGCGGUUUCAGGCGUGCCAACAGCGAGGCCUCGAGCAGCGAGGGUCAGUCGAGCCUGUCCAGCCUGGAGAAGCUCAUGAUGGACUGGAACGAAGCAUCGUCUGCUCCCGGCUACAACUGGAACCAGAGUGUCCUCUUUCAGAGUAGCUCCAAGCCCGGCCGCGGACGACGGAAGAAGGUGGACCUAUUUGAGGCCUCACAUCUGGGCUUUUCCACCUCGGCCUCGGCCACUGCCUCUGGCUACCCAUCCAAACGGAGCACUGGGCCCCGGCAGCCUCGGGGUGGCCGGGGUAGCGGAGCCUGCUCAGCCAAGAAAGAGCGAGGUGGUACAGCGGCCAAAGCCAAGUUCAUCCCCAAGCCACAGCCAGUUAAUCCGCUGUUCCAGGACAGCCCAGACCUUGGCCUGGACUACUAUAGUGGGGACAGUAGCAUGUCACCACUGCCUUCCCAGUCAAGAGCGUUUGGUGUGGGAGAACGAGAUCCCUGUGACUUCAUGGGACCCUACUCCAUGAAUCCGUCUACACCUUCUGACGGCACUUUUGGCCAAGGCUUCCACUGUGACUCUCCCAGCCUGGGUGCCCCUGAGCUCGACAGCAAGCAUUUCCCACCACUGGCCCACCCACCCACAGUGUUUGAUGCUGGCCUGCAGAAGGCAUACUCGCCCACCUGUUCACCCACACUCGGCUUCAAGGAAGAGCUGCGGCCACCACCUACAAAGCUGACUGCCUGUGAGCCCCUCAAGCAUAGUCUUCAGGGGGCUAGCCUGAGCCAUGCAGCUGCAGCCCAGGCCCACCUGAGCUGCCGGGACCUGCCCCUGGGCCAGCCUCACUAUGAUUCCCCUAGUUGCAAGGGUUCGUCCUAUUGGUACCCACCAGGCUCAGCCGCCCGUAGCCCACCCUAUGAAGGCAAGGUGGGUUCAGGGCUGCUGGCUGACUUCCUGGGCAGGACGGAGGCUGUCUGCCUCAGCGCCCCUCACCUGGCUAGCCCACCAGCCACGCCCAAGGCCGACAAGGAGCCACUAGAGAUGGCCCGGCCUCCGGGUCCACCCCGUGGCCCCGCUGCAGCCACUGCUGGCUAUGGCUGCCCGCUCCUUAGUGACUUAACCCUGUCCCCUGUGCCGAGGGACUCGCUGCUGCCCCUGCAGGACACUGCCUACAGGUAUCCAGGCUUUAUGCCGCAGGCACAUCCUGGCCUGGGCGGGGGCCCUAAGAGUGGCUUCCUGGGGCCCAUGGCGGAACCUCACCCUGAGGACACAUUCACCGUCACCUCCCUGUAGUACCAACUGAAGUGCCGACUGGACCACGAGGUUUUGUUCCUGGCUUUCAGAAAACCAAUGCCAAGACCCCUCCCAGCGUCCACAUCGUCCUCUGGCAGGAGCACCUGCCCCUCUGCCUCCCACGUGCCCCUUUGCACUCCCUUCCCUGCAGCCUCAUGCCCCACCCCCCGCCCCUCCCUGUCCAUCUCCUCCACGCAGAAGCCGAAGGUGAGCCCUUUCUGCACAAAACCAGCAAUUGUAAAUACUUUUUAAAAUGUAUAAAACUUAAAAACAAAACACAGUUUUAGAAAAAGACAAAAAAAAAGAGAGAGAGAGAGAGAGCGUGUGCAAGAGGUUGCAAGCGGGGGUUUCGAGGUGUCCAGAGCCCCUGCAAGUGUGCACUGAGAAAUUUAUCUACAGGUCGUUUGACAAAAAUGAACAAUAUCCUAUUUAUUGUAUAUACUGUUUUAUUAUAAAUUGUGGAUUGUAUAUUGCAUUCUGUAAACCUGCUGUGGUCCCGUGGUGUGCAAAUUCGCAUGGUGGGGGGAGGGAGAACCUCUUUUGGGAGCUUUCUUUUUUCCUUUUUUUUUUUUUUUCCACUCUUGGGUUUUCUCUUCUGUUGUUGUUGUUUUCUGUUGGCAGGACACACCCAAAGAUCCAAGUUUGUAUUAAAAAGAAAUGAAAAAAGCAAAAAAAAAAAAAAAACAAAAAAAACAAAAAACAAAAAAAAGAGAACACCUUGUGUCUUGUAAAACAGGGUAUGUGCGAUGGGGGAUGGAUGGAAAGGGGCAGCGGCCACAGGUCCUUUAGAAGGGCUGAAAUGCCUACGUGUGUUCCUGUGCUCUCAACCCAAGUUCUCCCAUCCCAAAAGAUACCUGCAUACCCAUCCCCUCCCCCACUCCAGACUCUGUGUGUCUUCUACCUCUGAGCACCCAUUCUACUCCCUAGAGCUUUAGAGACGUGUUUAUUUGAUCUCUGUGUAUGAGUGUUUUGCCUGCAUGUAUGUUAUGUGCACAGCAUGUCACAUGCUUGAAGGUCAGAAAAGGACAUGGUGUCACCUACAACUAGAGUUACAGAGAGUGAUAAGCUGCCAUUCGGAUGCUGGGACUCAAAUCCAUGUCCUCUGCAAGAGCAGUAAGUGUUCCUAACUGCCGGGCCAUUGCUUGACAUUCCCCCCAUUUCUGUCCUAAAUCCUAUGCCUUCCAAAACCGGGUUUCCUCUUGUUGAGGAGCCCCACAAUAAACUUGGUCUCUAUCUUCUAGAUUCCCUCAUUCCACCUCAGGUCCCAGGGCACUACCCCUAAAAUCUCUUCAUUGGUCCUGCCCCCCUUGCCAUUAGGCCCCAGGGUUCUAGCAUGAGUCCAAGAUGCCAGUCUUUAUUUUACUUUACUGAGACAGUGUCUGUGUAGCCCCAGCUGUCCUUGAUGUUACUAUGUAGACCAGGCUGGCCUUGAGCUCGGAGAUCUACCUGCCUUCACCUUCCAAGAGCUGGGAUUACAGGUGUGCAAUGCCACACCCAGCAGCAGCAAUCUUUGAAACACUCCAUAGUAAGUCCGAAAACCUUUUGGGAUUGGAGUUGCGUGACUCCCUCCUACUAUGAAUCUUCUGUUCACCCCAGGUCCUAAGUCUCCCCUAUCUCCAGCCCCCAUGGUCUCAUUUGCUGUGACAUACCCAGUGUCCCUUCAUGUUCCCUGGAAUUCUAAAUGCUACCCCUGCUUCCUCCCAGCUUUGUAGCAGAACUAACCCCAUGCCUCCUGGCUGAAAAGGCUGAUUACUUCUCCCUGACCAUGGCAAGCCUGGCUCACAGUUUCCUUCACUCCAGUGUCCACUUGGGCCUGGCCUUGAGGGUUUUCAGGAGCGUGUUCCCCCAUGACCCACAUGACGUUGACACUCUACUGAGUGUGACUUACCUGUUCCUCUUCCUUGGUGACAGAGUGAUGCCAGGCCAUGUUCCAUGUGUCUCCCUGCCCCUAGCAGCAAGGCCCAGGCGUUGGGGUCGUCAGGGGAGCCCAGUGAGAGGCAAACAUGCCCCCACCUUCUGGAUACCCCUGCCUGGAUGAGGCAGAAGGAUUCACAGGUCACAGUUCCUGAAAACUGCAUCCUCCGAUGGAUGUGAACGCCAUCUGCUACACAGCCCCCUCCACACAUCCUCAAGAUGCAGACCUUGGCCUACCCUUCCUGCCUGCCGUGGGGAGACAACACUACUCUCAAGCUGACAGUCCCCUGCGGAGCUGGAAGUGGGGACAGGAAGCAGUAAGACCCGCUGAGAGGUCAGGUCAGGGAAGGGGCUUUCCAGAGGAGAAAGCUUUUUAAAAACCACACCUAGGGUGGAAACAGAAAAAUGAGUGAUUUCUGAAGUAGGAAAGACUUGGUGCAAAGGCCAGGGGCGGGAAGAGAAUGGCAGGAGGCAGAAGCAGCGGGUAGAGCUAACUUCACUAGGCGAGACGUGCUUGAGAGAGUGGAGUGGACUCGUUCUGGCAAGGUCACACUGGAGUGGAGGCAGAAAUGGUAGAAAGAGAUUGGGCGUCAGAAAAUCCAGUGGGGAGGUAGGUUAGGUGAGCUGGUUUAAGUAGCUCAGCGACAGAAUGUUUGCCUAGCAGGCACAGGCCCUGGGUUCAGCUGCCCACACCAAAACAAAAUACAAAGCCAGGAAGGCUGGGGUGGACCAACCCAGACGUCCGUUUGCAAUCUGUGAAGAGAGAGAGUGCAUCUGUCUAGUGGCUGCUGAGGGGCAGAAAAGGGAGACUAGCCAGGUGGAGCUGGCAUCUCUGUCAGGUGGGAUUCAGUUAGAGGUAAGCUGGGGGUCCCUGAGGACCCAGGGGAUGUGCUGUGGAGGGGUUAUGCAAUGGAAGGGUUUGCAGCUCAGCACAUGUGGAUCUUAAGGGGAGGAAGGAUAGUAAGGGGCUGUGUGUACAGAGCAGAGGCGGAGAGAGGAGCUCAGGGAGGUAGCAACAGCAGAGGCCUGGGAAGGAAGGACGGUACCGGGGAGGGCCUUGGUGAGAACCUGGUGCUCCAUGAGGCCAUGAGGUAACAAGAGGUUGAGAGUGUAGGUCAGUGAGCUCUUGCCUAGUUUGUGCAAGCCCUGUUUAAUAAUUUAUUUAAUUUUUAUUUUAUGUGCAUUAGCGUGAGGGUGUCAGAUGCCGUGGAACUGGCAUUACAGACAGUUGUGAGCUGCCAUGGGGGUGCUGGGAAUUGAACCUGGAUCCUUUGGAAGAGCAGGCAGUGCUCUUAACCACUGGGCCAUCUCUCCAGCCCCAAGCCCUGAUUCUUAAUGUGACGGAAGGAGAAGUGUCUGGGAGGAAGGAGAGUCCAUGCGGGUGGGGAUGAGGACUCCCAAGUUGUAUUUCUGAGAGCAGGCUUUGGAGCUUUGGAGAUGGAAAGGUUUUCAGGCCCUAGAAUCCCUGAGAAAAGAGAGCUGCAAGAGCCCCUGCCCAGGUAAGUGACUCAGUGAUGGAGGUCACCCUGCUUUGUUCUGUUUUCAGAGGUUGGGCCUUCACCAUAGCCAAGGUAUCCUAGCUGGGCCUGGUGGUGUGGGCCUUUCAUCCCAGCUACUUGGCAGGCUGAGGCAGGAGGAUCUCAGGACUAAGGUCUAGGCUAUGAAGUAAAUCCAAAGCCUGCUGGACAGUUUAGCAAUAGUGUCUUUAAAAAGCAAAAAGCUGGGCAGUGGUGGUGCACACCUUCAGUGCCAGCAAUCAGGAGGCAGGGGCAGGCAGAUCUCUGAGUUCAAGGCCAGCUCAGUCUACAGCAAAUUCCAGGACAGCCAGAGCUGCAGAGAAAUCCUGUCUUGAAAAAACAACAAAACUGAAAGGAACAUCUACAAACACACCAUGGUAUAGAUAGAUAAAUACAAAGGAAAUAACUCAGUCUAAAGUGCUUGUCAUAUAAGCAUAAAGACUUUGAGUUUCAUCCCCAGAACACAUGGGGAGGGGGAUGACAGCACAUUUUUGUCAUCCUAACACUGGGGAGAUGGAGGCAGGAACAUCCUUGGGGCUUCCUGGCCAGCCAAUAAAGCCUACUUGUUGGGUUCCAGGCCCGUGAGAAGUGCUGGCUCUAAAACAGAACAGGUAGAUAGCAUCUGAGGAAAACCACCUGAUGGUGCUGUCUGGCCUCUAGAAACACGAACACAGAAAGAGGGUUGAGGAUGUAAUAUAGGUAGGGUCCCUGGCAAGAUGGCCUACGUUCAGUCACUAGCACCAAAUAAAACAAUAAAGAUGCUGCCUGGAUGAUUUGGAUUUGGCUACCGUUACUAAUGCUUCUCUGGGGUAUCCAUUCUCCAAGAGAAUCUGAUCUGAAAUCAAGAACGAUCCUCCCGUCUGUAGAGGACAA